UACGUUCUUCUACGCUUUCAGAAAUGCCUAGAACAUAUACUCAUAAGAAACGAGGCAAGACAAUGAACUAUGAUACAAAACAACUAGCUGAUGCCUUGAAAGCGCAUCAAAAUGGGAUGUCCAUCAGAGAAGCUUCAAAAGCAUACAAUAUCCCAAAAUCAACACUAGCUGACAGAGCUAGUGGCAGAUAUGAGGUAAAUGUAACUCAUGGUCGUCCGUGUGCGAUACCAAUUGAAGUUGAAAAGAAAAUUGUCGAAACAGUGAAAGUAGCCGCUGAGAGGGGAAUUGGAAUUUCGCGGAAGCAGUUGCUACUUAGGACAAAUGUGUUGUGCCAACGCAUUCAGGUGCAUACAUCCUAUAAGAACUUCCACGCAGGUAAAAACUGGUGGGAAGGCCUCAAGAGACGUCAUGGGCUUUACACUUAG